AUGGCAUCUCGAUGGAUCCAAUUUUUGGGCUGCCUAAUACUGGCGCUCUUGUUGCCGCCGACCAUCGCGAAGAAGGAGAAGCCCAGCAUCAGCUCAUAUAAGCUCCAUGCGGAGUUGGAUAACAUGUUUUACUUCGAGAAAUCCGAUACCGUUCUGCUAAGCCUGAAAAGUGGGGAAUUACUACGUUCGUUUGAUGGCGGCGAUAACUGGGAACGGAUUGAGGAUGACGGCAUGAAACAUGGUGUCAUUUCCAUCCAUCAACAUCCUUUCGACGACCACAAAGCAUAUGCAGUUGGACAAGACGGGAGACAUUGGGUUACGACGGACAAAGCAAAAACCUGGAAGUCGUUCACGGUCCCGGAUACUGUGAACUCGAGUAACCGUCAUUUUUCUUUUCAUGGACGGAACUCGAGCAAAGUCAUUCUCGAGACAAAGCCGUGCAUUUCAUGUGCAUUAAGAUCAUAUUAUACCACGGACGAUUUUGAUACCUUAAACGUGCUUACCGAAAGCACUGGCGGGUGCUAUUGGGCGGUAGGGAAUCCUCAAUUCGCAGCAGACCCAGACGUGCCGAAGAAUAUCGAAAAACGCACAAUUUGUGUAGUUUCAGGCUUGAAGGCAUCAUCAAAAUUUUCAUUCCGACUUGUCUACUCUGACGACUACUUCAAGAAUCCAGGCAUAGAGGUUAAGCUUCAGAAUGGCCGCCCCGUAUCCGGUGUCAGUGCCAUCGCGCAAGUCAAGCGAUUCAUUGUCGCGGCCGUUGACUCACAAGGGACCACCGAGCGUGCUUUAUAUGUGACUGUGGAUACCGAAAAAUGGCAUCGGGCCGAAUUCGGUGAUCAUAGGCUAGAGGAGGAUGCCUAUACUGUUUUGGAGAGUACGGAUUAUAGUCUUCAGGUUGACGUUCGAACAAAUGCCCACCACGGUAUGGGUGCGCUCUUCACGUCCAACUCGGAUGGCACUUAUUUUACUCGCAACAUUGAGAAUACGAAUAGCGGCCCACGAGGCUAUGUUGAUUUCGAGAAAAUAGCUGCUAUUCAAGGGAUAGUGUUGGUGAAUACUGUCAAAAACCCGAAGGAAGUUGAAACUGGCUCAAGAAAGGAGGUUAUCAGCAAAAUAAGUUUUGAUGAUGGACGGACUUUCCAGCCACUGAAAGUUGACGGGGAAACCCUUCAUUUACACUCUGUGAACUCGAAUUCAAACUCGGGCCGUGUUUUUUCGAGCCCUGCACCUGGGCUGGUAAUGGGAGUCGGUAAUACUGGCGAUCAUCUCGGUGCCUACUCAGAGGGAAACCUUUAUGUAUCAGAUGACGCUGGUCUUACUUGGCGUCUUGCCUUAAAGGGGCCGCAUAAGUAUGAGUUUGGUGAUCAGGGCGCCGUUUUGAUGGCAAUAAGUGAUAAAGCUAAAGUCAAGAAAAUACAAUAUUCCCUGGAUCAUGGAAAGGAGUGGAAGUCAGUUGAUCUUCCUCAUGAGGUCGAUGCUGAAAUGCCCGACACAAUUGUGACCACUACGCCAGACUCAACGAGUUUAAAAUUCAUGUUUCUCGGUCACUCGAAGGAAGGCUUUUUCGUUUAUGCAAUUGACCUCAAUGACUUGCAUGAGCGUAAAUGUGAAGACAAUGACUUUGAUCCCCAUUGGCCAGCUCGCUUGGAUGAAAAUGGUGACCCUGAUUGCUUGAUGGGACACAAGCAAUUUUUCAGGCGAAGAAAGGCUAAUGCUGACUGCUUCGUUGCGGAAGCAUUCAAUAGCUCCAUGUCGAAAUUUGAACCGUGCAAAUGUACCGCGGAGGACUUCGAGUGCCAGUACAUGCGGAGUGAAGAUGGCAAAGGCUGUUCCCCACCGCAGUCUUUGAUCCCUCCGGAAGGAAAAUGUACUAGCCCAUCCGAUACAUUCAUGGGCCCAUCGGGCUGGAGAUUGAUUCCUGGCGACGCGUGCGUUAGCAAAGAUGGAGUGAAUCUUGAUAAGGAUAUCGAAUUACCAUGCAAGGAAGCCAAUGGUGGGACAAAGCACGAAGGAAUCAUCUCAACUCCAAAUUCUUUCAGUUCCAGUAUGCAAGCCUAUUAUUAUUUAGAACGACAAGUCUCCAAUCUUGGGGAGGAUGAGACGGUCAUGAUGCUUAGCAGCCAGCAUGAAUUAUUUGUAUCUCACGACCAUGGGAAAAGCUGGCGGCAGGAACUGAAAGAUGCCAAAGUUAUAGGGAUAGCCCGCCACUACUACAACAGUGAUACAGCUUACAUUCUCACCGACAGCGAAAAGGCAUUCUACACCAUCAAUCGCGGAGAGACAUUUCGGCAUUUCAAAGCGAGAACGCCUCCAACUCGAGAGGAUAGUUCCGUACUGAGAUUCCACCCGUCUAAGAGAGACUGGUUGAUUUGGGUGGGUAGAGACGAUGACGAUAGCCAGACUAGCUGCCAUUCGAAUGCCUAUUUCAGUGAUGACCGAGGAGACACUUGGAAACUCAUACGAUACUGCGCCAAAAAAUGCGAAUUUGAGUAUAGAGAAAAUCGGCCAGACAGCAAAUUCCUCAUUUUUUGCGAGCAACACGAAGGGGAAAAUGAAAAUAACCGGUUGCAGCUUAUGUCCACAAAUGACGAGAGCAUCUCAGACUGGAAGGUUGUUGAUGAAGAAGUUGUGAACUAUGUCACCAGGGCAGAGUAUAUCAUUGUAGCCUCGCACAACCCGGAAAGUGGCGCUUUGAAGGCCAGGGUCAGUGUUGAUGGCACGACGUUUGCCGAUUUAAAGUUUCCACCCAACAUCGUGCCAACAGAAGACCUCUAUACUGUGCUUGACACCUCUGAGCACGCCAUCUUCCUAUACGUCCAAGGAAACAAUAUGACAGGUAGUCAGUAUGGCUCCAUAGUCAAGAGCAACAGCAAUGGGACGACCUAUGCUCUCAGUUUGGACGCCGUGAACCAGAAUCAUAUCGGGAAUGUUGAUUUUGAGAGAAUGCAAGCUAUGGAGGGAGUUAUAGUAGCGAAUAUUGUCAGCAACAUUGAAGAAUUGCAAAGCGGACUAUCCAAAAGGCUGAGGACUAUGAUAACCCACAAUGAUGGAGGAGAAUGGUCACUUUUGGCCCCUCCACUCAAAGACGCCGACGGAAAGGAAUUCUCGUGCUCAGUUGUUGAAGGAAAGGGUACCAAUAACUGCGCACUUCAUCUGCACGGGUACACUGAGCGCGUGGAUUUGCGGGACACAUUUUCUUCCGGUUCAGCCAUUGGCUUGAUGAUGGGCCAGGGUAAUGUUGGUGAUCAUCUAACCAGCGAAGACGAAGCUGACACCUUUAUGACCCAUGAUGGCGGGAUCUCCUGGAAACCUGUUAAGAAAGGUAGAUAUAUGUGGGAGUAUGGCGACUCGGGCUCGGUGAUUGUAAUUGUGCCCGAACAGGUGCCAACAAAAGUUCUUUAUUACAGCACCGAUGAGGGCGCCACUUGGCAGGAUCAUGCAUUCUCGGAUGAGGAAAUCGAGAUAAAUGAUAUCUCCACUGUACCGUCUGAUACCUCGAAAAAUUUCAUCCUCUGGGGUGCAAAAUCAGGCGGACUGAUCACCAUCAAUGUUGACUUUAGCGGGCUCUAUGAUAGGGAUUGUGAGUUUGACAAUGGUGGAGAAGUUAGCGACGACUAUCAGCUUUGGAACCCGAAACAUCCAUUCCAGGAGGAGAACUGUUUAUUUGGGCACGUUUCGCAGUAUCGUCGCAAGAAAACGUCGGCUGAGUGCUGGAAUAAUUGGCGAGGACCUCAUUUGCACAGUAUCGAGAGGAAUUGCAGUUGCACCAAAGCCGAUUUCGAAUGCGACUAUAACUACGAACCUCAAAGUGGUGGUGUCUGUCGACUCGUUCCAAGGUUAGAGCCUCAGGACCCCUCUGCGUUUUGCCAAGCACACCCAGAAGAAAUUGAAUUCUGGGAGGUUACGGGAUAUCGCCGCAUUCCUCAGACGACAUGCGAAGGCGGCAAUGAGAUGGACCGUCGCAAGUCACGACCCUGCCCUGGCAAGCAAGAGGAGUAUGAUAAAAAACAUGGGAUCAGUGGCAUCGGACUUUUCUUUGCUAUCGCGACACCGAUUAUGGUAGCGGGAGGCGUUGGUUACUAUGUCUACACGAUAUGGGAUGGCAAAUUUGGUCAGAUUCGGCUUGGAGAGUCCCCAACUGGGCCGCAAGGACUGCUAUCUCGGGAUUCUGUGCUGAUUACGAUCCCGAUUACUAUCAUUGCUGCCGUUGUGGCUGUGGCCAAAACACUUCCAUUGUUGGCUACAAGCCUCUGGCGGAGCGCAAGCGGCAUUGCGCGCGGUAGAAACUAUCCACGCCCAUAUGCAUCUCGAAGUUCAUUCGCAGCACGACGAGGUGAUUACAGCAGCGUCGUUGACGAUGAAGACGAGUUGCUCGGUGUCGAAGACUUUGACGGUGACGAAGACGAUGAGUUAUAA